AGACCAACCUUUCAGUCAUCAUUUUUGCAAGAGCAAAGGAAUUUCGGCUGUAAUCAAGAAUAUAAACAUUCAAUUUUUUUAAUCGUAAUACAAAUAAUUUGUCAUCAUUACAAAUAGUUUGACCUGCGUGGAAAGAUUCAAUCUGUUUUUAAAGUGAGCGAUAUGGAAUGUCUUUAAAACAGUGAUGAUUCCGCACAACAUUCUGGUCAACGUGGAAGAAAACAUACGCAUCAAAAUCAGCUGGCGGAAUUUGGCUCCGGAAUUGCGGAAGGCAUUGGGUGAUAAUGAAAAACGUUACGAAAAGUUGAUUCUUGAGUACAGUCUCAAGAAUCAACUGCGUUAUCGUGGCAAUUUAGUGCAUAACACAUUUGGUCAUGAAAAGCUGUACUAUGAAAAACUGAUAGAGGAGAAUAUUCGCGCGCUGCAUCUUUUUCCGUACCAUUUGGCCGAUAUCGUGACGAAGGGCCUCCGAUUGACUCCUUUCAAUUAUUACACUGAUAUGCUAGUGUUCUUGCUAAAUAAUGAUAAAAAUUACGACUCGUUGCCUAAUUUUACCGCUGCGGACUGCCUACGGGUGGUGGGAGUGGGUCGCAAUGAAUAUCUGUCCAUUUCUAGCGAUCUGAAGACUGGUUCUCCGAAGUUAUUUUUCAAACGAAAUCCGUACUAUCUGCUGCCGAAAUUUCCUCGUCGGAUCGUGAUCGAACCCUGGUGGAAGGUCGAAAUGGGCUAUGUGCUUGAAAGUGACGUCCAGUCGUUGGGCCUCGAAGAACUGUCGGUUAUCGACCGGUUGAUUGACUAUGGUCCGCAAACGGCUGGCGCACUGCACUACGAGAUUGUGCACAGCCUGUACCGACGAGGUUUGAUCUAUCUCGAUGUGCCAAUUAGCGGUGAGGACAAGAUCAGCAUCCCACCCUUGCAGAAUUUUGUGAUGAACAGGGUAUCCGGAGACUACUUUGAAAAUCUUCUGUAUAAUGUGUUCGUUACCGCCGAUGAGCAGUCGACAAUCGCUGAGCUUGCUCAAAUCCUUCAAGUGCCACUGGAUACGGUGAAACAGGCGACAUCGCUUUUCUGUCGAUUGAACUUUGCCCGUCGGAAGCAGACAAAUUUUGUCAACAACGUUGAACCGGACGAAAGCUGGAAAAAUGCCAAACGAGAUUUGGUUCAACAGCAGCAACAGCAUGCCGGAAUUACAAUUUUUAACUAUCACUCCUUGCUGCUCAGUCAGGACUCGAUCGAAAGCGAACAGAGUGAUCGGCCCGGUGAUCUUACCAUAGGUUCACUGGAUAGUCCGAGUCCGGCGGAUGACAGUCCGGUUGAUUUGUCAACGUUCUCCGAUGUGAAACCCGACGACGGUCGACCACCGUCGGACGCAAAACGUGUCGGUUUCAUUUUUGAUUCCACACUGACUGCCUUUCUGAUGAUGGGAAAUCUUUCACCCGGAUUGAAAACACACGCCGUGACACUGUUCGAGGUGGGUAAGCUGUGUGACGAAGGGAUGAACGAUUUUCUCCGUGAGUUGGAGAAGGUUUCCAUCCUGGAUGCCGACGGGGAAGGCGAAGUCAGUCGCUAUUUUCAUCAUGCCAUAAUUUUAAGAUCGACAAUCGUCGCACUGAAAAACGUCCUCAACACCGAGCUAGACUUGUUUCGCCUGGAGAGCUUGGAAGCGUUAGACCUAAAGACGAGAACUCGUCUCCUGGAGAAAAAGUACAAAUUUCUGAUUGCCGCAGCGCCACUGUCGGGUGUUCUGUCCACGCCAUUCACCAUUCCGUUCUUCGGUCAGUUCUAUCGAACUUCGACCAAUUCUCACAUUUGGACGAAACUUUUCUACUAUCACAUGAGCGGCUACGGACCGCCCAGUUUGUUGCUCAUCAAGGGCAGUGUUCUAACCCACUUACCCCGGCUAUUCCUCGGCUAUGGAAAACUGCUCAUCACCAUCGUCCACACCGAAUCGUUUGUACUGAAUUCGGAAAAGUUCGCAACGUUGAACGAACACCUGAAGAAUGGCUGUGUACUGAUCCAGGGCUACGGAAUCAAACAACCGGCCGAGACACACUACGAAGUGUUUCCAUUUAUGGAUUGCAAUGGUCGGGCUUCCAGCAAUUGGAAUCAGCAUUCGGCGGUUCGACGGUUGGCCGAGGUGCUAGAUUUACAGCGUAGUUUUGGUUAUUUGACGUUCGUAAGAACUGGGGUUCCAGAUUAUGGUUGCGAGCAGUAUGACGAGAAUGUUCGGUUGAUUCGAGAAAAGGCCAAACCGGAAAAAGAGUCCGUUACAAAGAAAGAUCAGCAAAAACCAAAGCCUGUACGAUCGGAUACGAUCGGUUCCAUCACUUCGAUCGAAAGUGACGAUGCUAGUCUGAUCGAGGAUAUCCGUCGUACUCGUAGUGACGUCCCAACCGAGCCGGGUUGCUCGGAGAUCGACGAACCACACGACCAACAGGUCAAUCAAGAGUUGGUGCUAGAACUUGAAGAUGCCAGUCGAAAUGCGGAUUCCGAUACGGACAUGCAGAGACGUUCUUCGAAGAAUAAUAUGGAGGAGUGGACUCUGCUGGAUGUUCAUUUCGGAAUUCCUCUGUUUGACGUUGAUUGCAAUACCGCCAUAUGCCAAAACAUCAUCAAGAAACUAUGCUCUGAAGAGAAUAUUGCAAACAUCCUGGAUGUCAACGCGAAAAUGGAGCAACGUUACUUAAAAUUUAUCUCGCAGUGUUUGUAUUUCGAAGACGAAAGCAUGGAACUAGUGAAACCGGGCAAGUUCGUUCCGAAGCCACGAAUCAGUUUAGCCUUUGAGAAUGGCAAAAUCAUCAGUUGGAAUGGCAAGUAAUCAGCGAAGGCCUACGACGAUUUCUAACCGAAAUCUCCUCCAAUUCCAAUAACACCAAAUCGAAAACACUACCCCGAAUUCCAGCAAAACAAAAAAGAUAACAUUCCGUUCAAAAAAAUCGAAUGCAUUCCAGUUUCGUGUGAACUAAUUUUAACACUUUUCUAGUAGAUUGGCUAGCAGGUGAAAUUUUAGCCACGUGGUUUUUUCUUUCGAUGAAGCGAGCUUCAUGGUGGGUAUAGUCCGUUCCGUACUGAAGAACAAAGAAGAGUUUUUUAUUUUAUAGAUUUGUGAUGUAGAUUCGCGUCAAACCCUACCCUCUCAGUGAUUUCAUAUAGCAACAGGAAAUACAUGUAUUUCAAGUGAAAAA